AAGGGGGAGGGGGCCCUUCCAGAGAACGCAUGCCACUAAACCCUGCAAGGCUCACCAAGAACUUGACAAGCUAGCCAGAAGCAUCCCUACAUUCAAUCCAGAUCCUGUAGGAGGACAUGACGUUCACGCUUAUUUACAAGACACUGACUUUCACUUGCAAACUGUCACCAACGUGACAGCUUUGGACACAUUGUACCUGUUAAAAAUCAUGUCCAGCUGUGAUGUGCAGUUUUCUGGAUCGUCAACCAGAGACUGUCAAAGCGGACUACCAGCAACUGCUAAAAACUUUGAUUCUUGAAUUCUCUGAUCCAGACUCAGACCAUGGGCUCCUUAUUGCUAUGACCCUCAAACAGGGCCGACUUGAAAACCCACAGACUUUCUAUAGUCAGCUACGAAAAGCCUACUUCGGAGCAUGCAACGAACCAGGUAUGGAACAGGAUGUCGACUUAAAAACUCUGUUCCUCCGAAACCUACAUGCCAGUUGGAGUUUUCAUCUCAGAGUCCCAGCGUGUCCGUGUAACAUGACUACACGAGAGUUACUGAACUUAGCCCACAAAGAUUACACCAAGAAAAAGACUAUUUCUGAAAAGACUGUGAAAAACCCCACAAUCUCUGUCUCUGAGCACUGCUCGGAGUUAACCCUAGAGGGUGCCCCACAACACCACAGUCACAGACCUUUACACAGAUAGUCAAGACCAUUUCCAAGCCAGCAGAGGGCAACACAAUCAUGGUGGUGCUCGUCCAAAGCACCAGAGCGAGCGCUCUGAAAGAUUCUGGGACCGGUGACCCAAAAAGAGCCAAUCCCCACCGUCCAGGACACAAAGCCCUGAUAGCCGGCAGUGGAACCACUCUCAUGACAUGACACUGGUAAGCUCAAUCUUGAGCCAACAUCAGAAAAACACAGGGCAGCCACAUCUGAGACAGCAGAGAUCCUGAGUGUGCUGAAAGAGCUUCUUUACAUGAAAACACGCAAGGAAGACAAGAAAGAUAAACCAAACAUCUUAUGUUUAAGCAUAGAAACUAGGGCUGCACAAUUAAUCGAAUUUCUAAUCGCGAUCACGAUUACAGAUGCCACGAUUACGUAAUCGUCCAAAGCCGCGAUUACACACAAAAAAAAAAAAAAAAAAAAAAAAAAAAUCUGCGCGUUUAAGAGGCGUGUUUAGAUAAUGUCAGGUUGUGAGUGGCGAAUCACCACUUUUAAUAAUAGUCUGUAGGCGUGUCAUUAUCAACGACAUUAUCCACUGAUACGUCUCAUGUCAUGUUAAUUUCAUCAUGUCUGCUGAUGGAGCAACAUCCGAUUCCGACAACGUGCAAAGUGCUCAUCCACAAUUAGAACCGAAAAGAAAAGCAACAUCAGUGGUGUGGAAUUAUUUCGGAUUCACCAGGGAUGAUGUCGAUCAGCGUGUUAUACUGUGUAAAUUGUGUCGAUCAACUGUUUCUGCACCAUCAAGCAACACCACAAAUUUAUACAACCAUUUAAAAUUCAACCACAGAGUGCAAUACGAGGAGUGUCUCAGCGUAAAAAAAAAAGCGCCAAGUGAUUCGAGAACUGCAACACAGACACCCAUCACGAAAUCUUUCUUUAAUGCUACUCCGUACCCGGCAGGUUCCCAAAAGCAGAUCGAGAUAACUGAAGCGAUCGCGCAUUUCAUUGCAAAAGACAUGGUGCCGAUUAAUACAGUUUGCAGCGCGGGGUUUAAAAAACUCAUAAACACACUGGACAAGAGAUACGUCAUCCCCUCCCGCAAUUAUUUUUCUCAAGUUGCGCUGCCUUCGCUUUAUUCAAAAUGCCGGGAAAGCAUUGAAUCAGAUCUUCAGAAAAUUGAGUUCUAUUCCACCACGACUGAUUUAUGGUCGAGUAGAACUAUGGAACCAUAUAUGAGCCUUACGGUUCAUUACAUUGAUGACGAGUUUCAACUCAAAACCAGAUGCUUGCAAACGUCCUAUUUUCCGCAUGAUCACACCGGGGAUGCAAUUGCUCAAGGAUUGAAAGAGAUGCUGGGUGCCUGGGAUUUAAAGGAGGAGCAACAAGUCUGUGUCACAACAGACAACGCAGCAAAUAUAGUGAACGCUAUUGCCAUCAAUAAGUGGAGCAGACUUCAGUGUUUUGGACACAGGCUGCACCUAGCAAUUGAACAUUCUUUGAAAGAUGGACGGAUUGACCGUGCACUAAAUGUCUGCAAAAAGGUGGUAGGGUGCUUCUCCUAUAGCUGGAGACGAAGGAGGGAGUUGUCCGAGGCCCAGAAAGAGCUCAAGUUACCUCAGCACAAGCUCAAGACUGAGUGUCCGACAAGAUGGGGCUCAAAACAAGCAAUGAUCGCCAGGGUAUUGGAACAACAGAGUGCCAUUUCUUUUGUUCUCUCCGCGGACAGAAAAGCCAGACACCUUGUCCCCACAUGGCAGGAUGUAGAGGUCCUUGAAGCGGUCAACAACUCCCUUUCUCCACUUGCUGAAUUCACGGAUGCUCUUUCAGGAGAGCAAUAUGUAAGUGUGUCAUAUGUGAAGCCUGUUCUUCAUUUGUUCAACAAUAAAAUCUUGGCAGAGAAAGAGGGAGAAACAGAACUGUCAAAAUGCAUCAAGAAAAAGAUCCUGGACUACCUGAAUAAUAAGUAUGAUGAUCCACUGACUCAAGAAUUGCUUGACAUGGCUUCUGCAAUUGAUCCCAGAUUCAAGCUCAAGUACGUCAAUGAGAACAGAGUUGAAGCUGUCAAGACUCGUUUGAGAGCUGAAAUGGCAUCAAUAUCUACUACAGUCAAGCCUCAACCAUCGGUGACUGUUAGAGAGGAUGCAGAUGACCAAAAUGCUCCAGCACUAAAGAAGACCAAAAAAACACUGGGCAGCUUCUUUAAAGUAGAUGAGGACCAGAGGCCAGCAUCGCCAUCUCUCAAUCUCCAAGACAUGGCCAUUACUGCAGAGCUACAGUCUUAUUUUCUAUCUGCUGCUGUUGAUAGUGAGGAGGAUCCUUUGGUCUGGUGGAAGGAACAUGCAAAACAAUUCCCAGCACUAUCCAAGUUGGCACAAAAGUAUUUGUGCAUUCCUGCCACAAGCUCUCCCUCGGAAAGAGUAUUCAGCACUGGAGGAAACAUUGUGAAAGUGUGGACAGGCUUGUGUUCCUAGCCAAAAAUCUUUAAAAGUCUAACUUGAUGUUGUUCAUUCCUGAAACCUUGAAGUGUUUUUAUGUCUUGUGUUCUAGGCCAAAAUACUUCAUAUGGCAAACUAAGUUUUUUUCUUUCUACAGGUUAUCUUGAGUUUUUCUAUUGUUUUAAUUUUAGUUUUAGUAUAAUACCAUGCAUACUAUUGCAUAUUUGCACUUUUUUAUUUAAAGAAACCAAACCAAUGUAGAAAAGCAAUAAAAGUUUUUCAGGAAGAGUGUUUUCAGCUUGGUUUUUUUUAUUUUUAUAUACAAAUAUGGCAUGAAGUUGCUUUAAACAUGGUAUAAAGCUACUUAAAACAUCAAUCAAUGUAAAUUGUAAUAAUCGUAAUUAAUAAUCGCAAUUACAAUUUCAAAGGAAUAAUCGACAAUUAUGAUUUUUGUCAUAAUCGUGCAGCCCUAAUAGAAACUGAAACCAACACCCUGUCUAACUCAUCUGUAUGAGCCAAGCAUCCCGAACACUGCUCGUCAUCCACAGACCACAGAGCUAACUGUCACAUCACAAGAUGAGCUACACAGCGAGCUACAUGAGACCGGUCCUAACCACCCAUCGAUCGUCACACCUGCCCUGAUGCCAACAUUCCUGGUCAAUCUUGUCAAAAAUUGUUUGCCAUUAAGAUUGUUGGCCAUUAAAUCGAUUCGAAUUAGCGUCUAUCACCCACAAACCGACGGCCUGGGCGAACGAUUUAAUCGCACACUUAAAUCCAUGAUCCGUAAGUUCGUUCACGAAGACGCCAAAAAUUGGGAUAGGUGGCUAGAGCCCUUGUUAUUCGCUGUGCGCGAGGUCCCGCAAGCCUCUACGGGGUUUUCCCCCUUCAAGCUUCUCUAUGGACGCCUGCCCCGGGGGGUGCUCCACAUACUGAGAGAAACUUGGGAGGGGGCCAUCAUAGGGCAAAAACAAAAUUCAGUAUGUGCUGGACUUGAGAACAAAACUCCACACAUUGGGGCGGCUAUCAAUGGAGAAUUUGUUACAAGCCCAGGACCGCCAGAGCCAGCUGUAUAACAGGGGAACUAGGUUACGCAAAUUUGCACUGGGAGAGAAAGUACUUGUAUUACUCCCAACAACAAACUCUAAAUUAAUGGCUAAGUGGCAGGGACCAUUUGAGGUCGCACAACAGGUUGGACAUCUCGAUUAUGAGGUAAUACGGUCCGAUAGGAAGGGGUCGCGUCAGAUCUACCACCUCAACCUCCUUAAAAAAUGGAAUGAGGCGGAAUCAGUGAUGUUGGCAACGUUGAUUGGGGGGGAGGAUGAUCUCGGGCCAGAGGCGAAUAUCAAACCACAAUCCCUCGUCCUGGCUCCAGGUGGAGAUCACCUCUCGCCGUCCCAACUCUCUGAUUUAACGAAAUUGCAGGCAGAGUUUGCCGACGUCUUCUCGCCCCUACCGGGCCGUACUAACCUCAUUCAGCACCAAAUCGAGACCGAGCCGGGCGUGGUAGUUCGCAGCCGGCCGUAUUGUUUACCUGAGCACAAGAAAAAAGUAGUUCAGGCUGAAUUAGGCGCUAUGCUGGACAUGGGGGUAAUAGAAGAAUCUAAUAGUAACUGGGUGAGCCCGAUAGUUUUAGUUCCGAAAACAGACGGCUCAGUCCGGUUCUGUGUAGAUUACCGCAAGGUGAAUGCUGUGUCGAAAUUCGACGCGUAUCCAAUGCCGCGGGUUGACGAAUUGCUUGAUCGGCUAGGCACGGCUCAUUUUUAUUCGACAUUGGACUUAACAAAGGAUUAUUGGCAGAUCCCCUUGUCUCCAUUGUCCAGAGAAAAGACAGCUUUCACAACGCUGUUUGGUAGGCAGCUGCCUACCUGGAUGAUAUCAUUAUAUUUAGUAAUGAUUGGCAGUGGCAUAUGCAGCA